UCCAAGAAGACGACGAAGAAGAAAACAGCAUCCGUCGAGUUAUGUCACGUCAAACAUGAUGACCGAGGUUACUCCGAAGACCCCUGGCAGACAUACGAAUAUCAGCUGACAAAAACACACGUUCAUUUUUAUCUCGGUCGCGAUGAGCGUCCGCUGUCUCUUCUCCCCCGCUGCCCGGAGCGUCGUCCAGCUGAGCCCCGCCGCGGGCCUCCUCUGCGGGCGGCUUCCGGCUCGCAGCUCCGCGACGAGAAGAAGCAUGUCCUCCGUAAGGCAAAUGGACCAUCUAGAGAGAACAUUGAGCAACUUCCGACAAAAUGCUCUGUAUCCGGCUCAAGUUUGCGGCAUUGUGGAUGAGUCCGAGACGGUGAAGCGUUUGAGGAUUGCCGUCCACCCAGAUUUCAGCUUCAAAGCAGGACAGUGGGUGGAUUUCUUCAUCCCUGGUGUGGAGACGGUGGGAGGUUUCUCGAUGUGCUCCAGCCCCGGCUUGCUGCAGAGGGAGGGCGUCGUAGAAUUGGCCGUCAAAUACACCAAACACCCUCCGGCCCACUGGAUCCACUCAGCGUGCACGGUGGGCUCUCGAGUGGCCAUGCGUGUGGGCGGCGACUUCUUCUUCAACCCGGCGCCCUCCGACCCCUCCGUGGACCUGCUGCUGGUGGCUGGCGGCGUGGGGAUCAACCCCUUGUACUCCAUCCUGUUGCACACGAGCGGCCUGCUGCAUCUCAACCACGCCUCUGGCGGGCGGGACUACAAGAUAGGCUCCGCCCACCUCUUCUACAGUGCCAAGAACACCCAGGAACUGCUCUUUAAGAGCUCCAUCAUCGAGGCGUGUCGAGAGUUCCCCGACAAACUCUCCUGCGACCUCCACGUCACGCAGCAGAGCGCAGAUGUCGAAUCGCACCUCCAGCCAUUCGUCAGCCGCGGGAGGAUCACAGAAGAGGAGUUGCGGUCUCACGUGGACCCGCAGAGGACUUUGUGUUACCUGUGUGGACCCCGGCCCAUGAUCGAAGCCAUUUCAAGCUCCCUCUUGGACUUCGGCCUCCCGAAAACACGAAUCCUCUUUGAGAAGUGGUGGUAGAAGGGGAGGGGGGUGAAAUAUUCCAGCGAUGAGGACAUUUAAGUGAAGUUCUCCCUCCGAUCACUGCAGCCCGUGGUUGACCUGCGAUGGAGCGCCCGCUCCAACGCAAGCAGCUGACUCUCAGCAGACGACUUUAAUUCCUUAUCAUUGGAAAAAGGAGGAGCGUAAAAUCUCAGUUUAAGCAACACAGCCGCCGGCUCUCUGCUGAAUAUUACAAUAAUGAAACUAUGCGUGUGUGACACAUCAUUUCACAUGUGUUUCACAUCUUCAUGUCUAAUCUCAUUUGCUUGACUGAGGUUUUGCACAAACAAAUAGACUAGAAAAACUUCCACUAAAUACACCUAAGAAAGCAAGUCGCUUAGUGUGGAGUCCGGUCGACGGGUUGUGGAUUAUGUGCUAAACUAUGUUCAGGGAGUCUGUCAGAAUACUCCCAUACUUUUGUUUGGGGGUUUUUAAUAGUGAGCUGUAGGCGGAUUUUGUACUCAGUCAGCUUGAGCUUCCCAUUUAGCGACAGAUGAGUGGUAUUGAUCUGCUCAUCAAUUCCCUGAAAUACUAAAUCACCAGUAAACAGAUCAGUGGUAUUAUUUUUACACAACUGGUUAAUUUACCUCCGCUGACUUCAUGUGAUGUGUAUAUUUAUUAGCUGAACUGAAGAUUUUAGAGUUGGUCACCCGAUGAUUGACUCGUUACAUUGGAGCGAUUUAUUUCUCACACUUUACGCUCAUGCAGACUUCACACCCAGUGUAUUUUCAGAGUCCAAAACCGAACAAUCUCCCACAUCUUGGCGUGCGUCCCGGCCUCUUUCUCCCACUUCCACGCGCAGCGCUUAUCUCCCGUACGCUCACUCACGCGUCUCAUACCGGGGGCGGGGCGAGCGUCCCAUGGUGCGCUGUAAUGGAACCUCCAGGUGGUCUCUGAUUGGCUUGGAUCACCUAACAUCCCUCGGAGAUGGUUACGAACUCGUCGUCGUCUCCCAGUGGGGGGGACGCGGUUGAGACUCAUUUGAGUUGUUUUUGCGUUUCUCCCUUGAAUGAGGAAAACAGUUUGUACUGAUGAUGGAAAUAAAAGAAAUUGAAUCUGUUUUGAAA